AUGAGCGUUGCGACCCCGCGAGUGCUCACGCAGCGUUCUCUGCAGCGCGGUCUUCACAGCUGCUGCUGCACCAGUGGCGGCAGUGCCGUGUUCGCACCGGUGCGGCUGGGCGUGCGCAGGGCUGCCUCUGUCGCCGUUUCGGCUUCCGUCGGUCCCGCGCGCCACACCACGCUCACCACGCAGUCCCGUGCGCAGUUUGCGCAGGUCCCAGGGAAACGCGACCAGGAGGCCUUCUUGUCACAGUACGACCCGCUCGACGUGCUUGCGCUUGACGAGUCCUGCACUGUGGAAGAGAUCGACGCAGCAUUCAAGCGGCUGAGCGCAAAGUACGGACCGAAUGGGCCGUGUCCCGACCCGCAGAUGGUGGACCGCGUGUUCAGGGCGCACGAGAUCCUCAAGGACCCGGGCUCGCCGUACUACCUGCGUGCACACACCUCUGAGGUUGAUCGCCAGCGCUUGCAGUUUCAGAUGCUCCCCCGAUCAAAGCGUCAGUUAAUCCAGCUGCAGGUCGGGCUGCUGAUGAUUCUUCUUGUUGGAUUAGCAAUGCUCGUAAUAUCGUUGAUGAUGCGUCCUGUGAAGCGUUCUUUGCGUGCGGCCACGCGUUGA